AUCACCAGCUUGUCGGUAGCCAAUCGAAAGCGAGGUUUCACCUGCCUAUGGUAUAUGGUGGAAGUGAGGCUGCUCAUCUCUUCAGACGGAAAUACAGUGCAGUUAUUCAUGAUGCAGUUCAUGCUUCUGUUCAGUCGUCAAGGCAAGCUCCGGCUGCAGAAAUGGUACGUGCCUCUGUCUGACAAAGAGAAAAAGAAGAUCACCAGAGAGCUGGUGCAGACCGUCCUGGCCCGGAAGCCUAAAAUGUGCAGCUUUCUGGAGUGGAGAGACCUAAAGAUUGUUUAUAAGAGAUAUGCCAGCCUGUAUUUCUGCUGUGCCAUAGAGGACCAGGACAAUGAGCUCAUCACACUGGAAAUCAUCCACAGAUACGUGGAGCUGCUGGAUAAAUACUUUGGCAGUGUUUGUGAGCUUGACAUUAUUUUCAACUUUGAGAAGGCCUACUUCAUUCUGGAUGAGUUCUUGCUGGGCGGCGAGGCUCAGGAAACGUCCAAGAAGAACGUCCUGAAGGCCAUCGAGCAGGCGGACCUACUGCAGGAGAAUAUAGACUUUCAGAUGCGUCUGUUUGCAGGACGCCAAAGAUGCAGAGACCCCUCGCAGCGUGCUGGAGGAAAUUGGACUCACAUAAACACUUUCUCCAUCAUCAUCAUCAUCAUCAUCCUCCUCCUCAUCAUCACGCUUUGACCUCAGAUCCCUGUCCUGUUCUGGCUAAUGUUCUUCAUAGACCUGAUAACUCUGAUUCACCCUCCAGCUAAUGCAAUCACACAUUCUGACUGUAAAGUCAUAUCUAGCAGUUUCUGCUUUCUUUUUAUGUUUUUUUUUCUUUCCUUCUCAGUUUUUUCAGUGCGCAGUGUGAUGAUAUAUGGGGAAAAAAACCAGUAAUUUAUUAUGCUUUUUAUGUUUUGUUCUCAAAUAAGGGAAUAGAUUGUCACAUUAUAUAAAGGGAAGUCUAAAGUAUUACAUUAGAACCAAAGAGUAAGAGCUCAUCGUUGUGAGGUUAUCAAUAGCCGAUAAGUUUUAAACUGAAGAUGUGCGUGAAUUAAAACACACUCACUGUGAUCACUCAACGUGUCACUGUUCAGUCCGGAAUAAACGCUGUAAUAACUUCGUUUACAAGCUCACGCCGUUCUGAUCGGUCAAACUUUGGCUUUACAAAAAUAGAUUUACAGUCGAAUGCCUUAAACCACUGACUAGUAUUUAUGUGAGGUUUUUUUUUAAAUGGCAACAAUGUAGCAGGUAAACGCGCUGGAUUGGUUUUACGUCACGUAAAAGUGCAAGAAUCAAGCCGACUGUUUUUCAUUUCCAUGUUUACAACCAUGUCGACUAAAAGUCAGAGACAUGCAGCAACUGUUAACGCCUCCUGAAACAAGAACUAACCAUCCAUCCAUGGUUGAUACCCACUUGUUCCUGUAGAGGGCUGGUGUCUAACUUCAGACCCACAGAUUAAUUUAGACGUCAUUUCCUGCCUCACAGCUAAUAAAAAUACCUUGAACAAAAUGUAUUGUCCACAUUAGAGCAAUGCUGCUCUAAUGUGGACAGAUCAGGAUACCGUCAAAAAGUGAACUGAUCCUAGUAACUUAAUUCAAAAGUGAAACUUGUGUUUUAUGUAGAUUCUUUAGACUCUUAACGACGUUUAGUUUGAUAGUGACAACUAAAAGCUAGCAAAAACUGCAUACUCAAGCAAAUAUUAAACAUUAUUUCAAAUGAAAGUUAAUGGAAAGUUGAUUGGAAGAAAAGAAUGUGGUAGAAAAAGGCAAACAAGCACCUGAGUGAAGUUUCCCCUCCCCUCCACCUUCUUCAAAUUAAAUAAACAUUUGUGCAGAAACAAAUUUUCAUUUGUGCGGUUACCGUUUUAAAGAUAUUGAUAAAUGUUUCGAGAGGUCAUGAAAGGUCAAGCAGGUCCUCCCCUCCCCGAACUCCCUUCAACAUUCACCAAAUCAAACAAAAAUAACUUUCAGUAAUAUCCUCAAAACAAUUUUCUUUUUAUAAUGUUGCAGCAUUCUAAGACAUUUUGGACAAUUUUAGGGAGAAGUUUGGAGAUGGUCAUCUAAUGCUCAAAUAUACCUGCAAAAUAGGGCAUAAUCAAAGUCCGUAAAGACGCAGAUGACUGAGUUUGUUGAGGGAAAGCUCGACUGGUCUGCUCAGAGCCAUAACCUCAGCCUGGAAGGACACUUUUCCAAUUCAUCAGAACAGAGUCUGCGAGUCAGGCCGUCUUGACCAACAUCAGUGUCCGACCUCACAAAUAAGACCAUUGGGGAAAUAGUGAAUUCCUCCUAAACUCAAAGCUUUCCUACAAAUAUUUGAAGCUGGUACUGCUUCUACCAUAUCUGAUGCCAAACGAAUCAAUACUUUUGGCGGUAUAAUGAAAUAUUUUUCACUUUUGAAUUGAAUUACUGAAAUUAUCAUUUCAGAGAUAUUCCUGUUUGCCAAGUUGCACCUGUAAGCAGUAGAGUCCAAGAAAGCUGAAUUGUGUACUGCCCAUACUUUCUAAAUGAAGAGAAAUCUCACCGUAGGACUAAACGAUGACACACUGUGGAGCAUGUAAACUACCUACUGACUGUGAUCAUAAAAAUGAUUAUAAAAAACCUUACAUGGUGAAACUUUGUUUAUAAGAAGCAAUAGAAACAUAAACCUUCAGAGUUUUUAUGCAUUGAAACUGUAAUUUUUAACCAUUUGAUCUGAAAAGAAAAAGCUGCACACAUAAAAUGCCUUGGACGCAGGACUGUACAAAUUCCUUGUUAUAAAUGUGCAUUCUUGUGUAUGUCCUAUUUUGAUUUAUAUGCUGAUAAAAUCCAAAUUGUGCUGUUUACAUCUUUUCUAUGCCUCCUGAUGAGCGGUUUCUUGUCUAAAGAGUUUGUGUGACAUAGAAUCUGUGGCACUUUGUGUUGUGUUUACAGUGAAAUAAAAGCCGUUCAUUACCAGA